AUGCUAGAGAUUGCGGUAGAAAAGGACAGCAUGCCAGCUCCCACUCUCUCCUUCGAAACUUCCUUAACACGGGAAAACGAAGAGGGGUCUUCCUCUCUCUGUUUCUCUGUCUCUCUCUGCCUUCAGCUUCGUUUGUCGUUCGCUAUGUCGGAGGCGGUCGUGGUGAAGGAGAGGGAGGGUGGGAAGGAGGUGAGGAGUGUGGAUGAGAUUUUUAAGCUGGCCGACGAGAAUGUCGGGAAGAAGGCGAAGAUGGAGGCCCUGGAGCCGCCGGGAGAGGUGAUUAAGUCUGUUCUGUUCCAACAUCAGAAGGAGGGUUUGGGUUGGUUGGUUCAUAGGGAGGAUCCUGGGGAAUUGCCUCCGUUUUGGGAGGAGAGAGAUGGUGAGUAUGUGAACGUGUUGACGAACUAUCAUACAGAUAAGCGGCCGGAACCUCUGCAAGGUGGGAUUUUCGCAGAUGAUAUGGGCUUGGGUAAGACUCUGACAUUACUUUCUUUGAUUGCUUUUGAUAAAUUUGGUAGUUUUAUAGCUGGGGAUGGUGUCAAUAGUGCUGGUGAACAAUGCGGGGAUGAUGAGGUUCGAUCUGAGUCGGCUAAGAGAAAGGGUAAGAGAGGUAAAACGAGUAAAGGGUUUCUCAGUCGCAAAAGAAGCGUAAACCCAAAAACUGCUUCAACUAGUAAUCAGAAGGCAUCAUCUUCAAGUCUAGAUGAGACGCCUGAUGUGCUGAGUACCAAAUCGACUUUAGUUGUGUGCCCUCCAUCUGUGCUUUCCACUUGGAAUACACAGCUAAGCGAGCAUACUAUUCCUGGGAAGAUGAAAGUAUAUAGGUAUUAUGAAAAGAGGACGAGAGAUGCUGAGAAGCUUAAGAAAUAUGAUAUUGUGUUGACCACCUAUAGCAUUUUGGCUAGGGAAGAAUCUCCUAUGAAGAUAGAGUGGUGGAGAGUCAUUUUGGAUGAAGCUCAUUUGAUUAAGAAUGUGAAUGCCCAACAAAGCCAAGCAGUUACUAAAUUGAAGGCUAAGAGGAGGUGGGUGGUAACUGGAACACCUAUUCAGAAUGGUUCAUUUGACUUGUUCUCUUUGAUGUCAUUUUUGCGGUUUGAGCCUUUUUUUAUAAAGAGCUAUUGGCAAAGUUUGAUCCAGCGUCCACUCAGCCAAGGGAAUCAGACAGGGCUUUCCCGUCUGCAGGUUCUGAUGGCCACCAUUUCUCUACGAAGGACAAAGGACAAGGGUUUGAUUAGAUUACCCAAAAAAACAAUCAGGACUCGUUAUGUUGACCUUUCUUGUAAAGAACGUGAACUGUAUGACCGGAUUGAAAGAGAGGCCAAGAGUGCUGUCCAGGAAUGCAUCAAUGGUGGUAGUUUGGUGCGUAAUUACACUACUGUGCUUGGUAUAAUUCUGAGACUUAGACAGAUAUGCAUUAGCAUGGCCUUGUGCCUUCCACAUCUGAAGUCACUUCUUCCAUCUGACAAUAUUAAAGAUGUAUCUAAUAACCCAGAGUUGUCCGUUUCUUCUGCCAAAGUUACUGCUCUUUUGGAAGAACUCCUUGCAGCAAAGGACCAAAAAUUGACUUCAAAAUCAGUCGUGUUUUCCCAAUUUACAAGCAUGCUAUUACUCUUGGAAGAGCCACUUAAAGCAGCUGGUUUUAAGAUCUUGCGCCUGGACGGUUUGAUGACCAAAAGGAGAUCACGAGAGAUUGAAAAGUUUGGAGCGCACGAGCAAAGUACAGCCACCGUGUUGCUUGCCAGCCUCAAGGCUUCUGGUGCUGGUAUAAAUCUGACGGCUGCAUCAACGGUUUAUCUGCUAGAACCGUGGUGGAAUCCUGCAGUCGAGGAACAAGCCAUGGAUCGAGUUCACAGGAUCGGGCAAAAGGAGGAUGUGAAGAUUGUAAGGUUGAUAGCACGUAACAGUAUCGAAGAGAGGAUGUUGGAGUUACAGGAGAGGAAGAAGGAAUUGGCAAGGGAAGCAUUCGGGGAGAGGGUUUCGAAAGAUCAAAGCGAGAUACGGUUGGACGAUUUACGUGCGCUCGUGUCGUUGUGAAGACAUGGAGAAGUAGUUGUGGAUACUCUUUUAUAAGUUUCUCACGAGUAAAUUUUUGUUUGCUUACUUUUGGCUAUUUUCAAUGUUGGUGGGCAAAUUUCAGGUAGAAUGCUGUAGCCAGCUUCAAUUGUCCUGAAAAAUUUUGUGUAAAUUCUAGUCCAGACAUGUUUAUGUACUUAAACUCAGUUUGCAAAACCAUGAACUGUGUUUUACAUGCUUGAGCACGA